CGCUCUUACGCUGCCACAGAGAAAGAACGCGCAGACUUCUUCUUUAUUGCUUUUACGUUCUAAUCGUGUCCUAUUUCAGCUUCCUCCAGCAGGGCGUGCCUCGAACUCACCCGCCCCGCGCAGCCCGCCGAGCCCGCCCGCCCUGCCUCCUUUGUCUGCUCACAGAGCGCAGCGGAAGGGGCGGGCGGCAGCCGCCAUGUCGGGGGACGGUGCCUCGGCUGAGGGUCCACAUCUAGAAAGUACUUCACCAUCAUCUUCCUCUACUCCCCACAAUGAGAGAUCUGGAGACUCCAAUUCAUUACUGCGUGGAGAAACACCACCUGAAAAAGAUGAGAAGAAAGAUAUCAACAGUGACAUGAAACUGUCAGUGGAGGAUAAUAGCAAACCUGCUGCUGUGAUAGUGGCAAUGACCACCACAGUACACGAGAAAACAAAGUUAGAGAGGUCAACAGAUGACAGCUCAUACAAGGAGAGAAUUGUGCAAGAGCCAGUAGUAACUGCUACAAUACAAGAAUUAUCAGUGGAUGGUCAGUCUAACUGUGGGGAGAUGAAGAACACUUCAAAGGAUUCUGGGCAGAAACAAAGUGGGACAAUGAAAGCAGUUCUUCAGAGCUCAAAAUCCUCGUCUUGCAAGUUUCUGCCUUCUGCACACUUAAAGGAAAAAGUGAAACCUGUUCCAUCAGCUACAACUGUUCCACCUCACUAUUUGGGAACGUUAAAGGUAUUAGAGGAGAAACACUUGCAGAAGAACAAUACAGAAUUUGACAGAGCAGACAGUUUGCGAGCAGCUGUUUUCCAGAACUGGAUGGAAAAAAAAAGAGCCUUUCUACUGGAAUUAAAGAGAACUGAAAAGAAAAAAGCUGAAGAGCUGAGGAAUGAUACUGAAAAGAAAGAAGCUGUUAAAAGAGAGGAAGCAAAUGCAUCUUUUAAAUCCUGGAAAGCAAUGAAAGCAAGAGAAGCAAAGAAGUUGAAUGAAAAAAAGAAGCUUGAGAAACUUAAGGAAAAGGAAGCAGCAGAACAGAAUGCAGAGAGAGCAGAAGCAGCACAGAAGGCAUUUGAAAAAUGGAAAGAGAAAAAAAUAGAAUAUUUGAGAGAGAAAGGCAGACAGGAAGAACAGUCUGAAAGAAUCAGGAAGAAAAAAGAAGAGGAAUUAGCUGCAGAAAAGAAGAGAGACAGCAUAUCAGCAGUUGAAAAAUGGAAUGAUAAAAAGAAAGAAUAUAUGAAACAGAAGAAGGCAGAAAAAGUCAUAGAGAAGAAAAAAGAAAUACAACAGGCAGAGAAGGAUGAAAAAGAUAAAAUGGCCAGAGAAGAAUAUGAAAGAUGGCUGGGAAACAUGUUGAGGAAAGAGCAAAUUCAGAAGAAGCAGAAGAAUCUCCAUGCUGUGCAUAGGAAUGAAGUGCCUUUUCCAUGGAUCCCACCUGGCAAAGUCACCUAUACAAAGAACUACUGAGCAACCUAUUGUCCUCUGUAGGAAAAGAUGAUCUGCUUAUGCUCUCAAGAUUAGUCUGUUAUUUCAGUAACAGCUGUUUUUUACUGAAUCCAUGAUAGAUGUUGUAUCCUUUCUUUUUAAUUUAUUUGAUCUCUGGAGUUGAAGUAGGUUAGUUGUCCUAUUCCAUGAUAUUAACAAAUGCACUAAUUUUUGUAAUUCUGCAUUUAACUUAGUUUUGUUAAAUGUUGUGUUACUCCAUUCCGUCUUGGUGAAAGUGUAUAAUCAAGAGAUGUGAGGCUAGA